UGCAUCGAUAAUUUAUCUAGAAGUCGAAAAUUGAGAAUAUUAAUUUCAAGUAUUGAUCGUAAUACUUUUCAAAUUUGUAUGUAAAGCCCGCUACAUGAAGCGUUAAAUUAUCACAAACUUUCAUUGGUGGGGAAAAGUCGUGUGUGCUGGACCAAUCACAUGAGACCACGAUCGCAAUGGCGGUUUGGUUGGACAGUUUUAUGUUAUCGGCUGGAUGAGUAUAUCUUUUUGGAGACAGACUGUUUCUUUACUUAUUUAUAAAAUUACACCGAAGAUUGUGAAUCAAUUUAAUACCCAGUCAUGUAUAACUACGGCUUGUUAUUGGUUUUAUUGGAUUUAUCUUUUGAUUUGGUAGGCAGUGUUUCGCAAUUGGAAAUUGAUAAGCAUUUGGAGUUAGGUAGAGAAUUCCUUGUACAUGGACAAUUGCAGGAUGCAUUGUCACAUUAUCAUGUGGCUAUUGAGGGAAAUCCUAAUAAUUAUUUAGCAUAUUAUAAUAGGGGAAUGGUAUAUUUGGCAUUAGGAAAAGCAAAAUUCGCUAUUCUUGACCUUGAUAAGGUCUUGGAAUUGAAACCAGAUUUUACAGGAGCUAAAAUGCAACGUGGAAAUGUAUUAUUUAAACAAGCUAAGUUUGACUUAGCAGGAAGAAACUAUAAAGAAGUUCUUGAAGUGGAACCGGAUAAUGAGGAAGCUGCAACUAUGUUAUUUACAAUAUCAAAUCUUGAAACGGAUAUGCAAUAUGUAGAAGAUAUGGUUAAAAAUAGGGAUUGCAAGACUGCGAUUCAACAAAUAACACGACUUAUAGAAACUUGUCCAUGGUCGCUUGAACUUAGAGAAUUAAGAGCAGAAUGUCAUGACGCUUUAGGAGAUUAUAUGAGUGCUAUUAGUGAUAUACGUUCUACUACUAAGUUACUAUCUGACAAUACAGAAGGUUAUUAUAAGCUAUCUGCAAUGCACUAUCGUGUUGGCCAAGUAGAAGAAUCACUGAGGGAAAUUCGAGAGUGUUUAAAAUUAGAUCCAGAACAUAAAAAGUGUUUCCCAUUUUAUAAAAAGGUUAAAGAAGUAUCUAAAUUUCUGGGAAAAGCAGAAUCCUUAGAGGAAUCCAAUCCUCAAGGUUGUAUAGAAUCUGCUGAACGCGUACUCCGUAUAGAACAAACUGUAAAGUAUGUUAGAUAUCCUGCCUUACAGUUCCUCUGCAGAUGUUAUACUGCUAACUCGGAACCAAACCGUGCAGUUAAAAGUUGUCAAGAAGCAUUAAAAAUACGAGAAGAGCCAUCUACUUUGUGUGACAGUGCAGAAGCAUAUCUUGCUAAUGAAUUAUACGACGACGCGAUAAGAGAUUAUAAAAGAGCAUUAGACAUUGAUCCUUAUUUACAAAAAGCAAAACGAGGAUUACAGAAAGCUCAACAACGGCAGAAGAUUUCAGAAACGCGGGAUUAUUACAAAAUAUUAGGAGUACUUAGGACAGCUUCGAAACGCGAAAUUAUAAAAGCGUACAGAAAAGCGGCACAAAAAUGGCAUCCCGAUAACUUCCAAGAAGGUGAAGAGAAGAAACAAGCGCAGAAGAAAUUUAUUGAUAUCGCUGCUGCCAAAGAAGUACUAACUGAUGACGAAAAAAGAGCUAAAUUUGACCAAGGGGAAGAUCCAUUAGAUCCUGAAUCUGGAAAGCAUCAGCAAGGCUUCAAUCCCUUCCAAGAAUUUCAUCAUUUUCAUGGUUCACCUUUCCAAUUUAAAUUCCAUUUCAAUUAGUUAUGCAUAUGGAAUUUAACAUGCAUUUCGAUUUUUAGCGCAGCACAACUGAAAUCUUUUGUUUCUGUGCUAUAUUUGCGUGUAAUUUCGAAUUUGGCUAACUUUAUUUUUAAAUAUGAUUUCGCUAAAUCUACUUCGUUGGUAUUCUCGCAUUUGAAAUAUUUCCCAGAUUGAAGGACCACAUUCGAAAGAACGAUUUGACGUAUCGUAUAUGAGAUAUUAGAAGACGUAAUCGUAUUACUAAAAACACUGCAUAACGGAAGUGCGUGAAUACUUUAAGAUCAUUGAUUAUUGGCUAAUGAAAGCCAAUAUAUAUAUAUAUAUACACACACAUAUUGAUUAAAUAUUAACGUAUUUUCUAUACGCAGACUGAAUAAAUAUCGUCGAUUGUACAUCAAGUAAAUACGCGUUAUGUAUAAAAUUAAUCAUUUGAGUUAUGGUAUUGAUAUAACCAACGAAGUCUAUUGUUUUAGGAGAAUCAUAUUACGAUGAUCCUAUUGUCGAUUGUAGAUACUUUUUAUCGAAUAUCUAUUGUAUGGGUUUUUCGAGAUGUAUUUUUACUCGAUGCCAUUGAUUAUAAGCGAUAAAUAGGACAAUGCUGUGCGCGUGUGAUGUUUAAAUGAGCGUGAGUCUGAAUUUUAUGUAAAUAUUUUAUCUCUAAUCAUUGUUUGAAAGUAUAUUUGAAUAAUUUAUACAGAUAAAUACGGACAAACAUCGAA